CACUGUUACUGAGCACAGAGCGAGUUACUGGGGUUAGUCACUUUACAAUCCGAGCAUGUCACAGCGGGUUGAAGGGCUUCGGCAAACAUACGAAGGGUAAUCAAGAAGAUACAAAGGCGAUCUCGGGAUUAAAGCAUAAAGUUUCAAAACUUCUGAACGUAUACGGAAACAAGCGCAAUGAGUUCAAACGAGCACUCGCUUCAAGCUUUGUCCUGGAGAAAACUUUACUUGAGUCGAGCUAAACUCAAAGCGACCAGCAGAACCUCUGCUCUGCUCUCCGGCUUUGCUAUGGUGGCGAUGGUGGAGGUCCAGCUGGAGGAUGAUCACGAAUACCCUCGAGGCUUAUUGAUUGCUUUCAGUGCCUGCACAACAGUGCUGGUGGCCGUCCAUCUCUUUGCCUUGAUGAUCAGCACAUGUAUCCUGCCCAACCUGGAGGCCGUGAGCAACGUCCACAACCUCAACUCCAUAAAGGAAUCGCCACACGAGCGCAUGCACCGCCACAUCGAGCUGGCUUGGGCCUUCUCCACCGUCAUAGGCACCCUCCUCUUUCUUGCAGAGGUGGUUCUUCUCUGCUGGGUGAAGUUUCUCCCUCUGAAGAAUAAAAAUAAAGAUUCUUCUCCGACAGGGAAUGUAACUGAAUCUCCAGGGAUAAGCCCGGGGGAAGCUGCAGCGAUCACCUCUACCUCCAUUAUGGUGCCCUUUGGCUUGGUGUUCAUUGUUUUCGCUGUGCAUUUCUACCGUUCGCUGGUCAGCCACAAAACGGAACGGCAGCAUCGGGAGUUGGAGGUUCUGGACAAAAUCACACAGAUGCAAAACCAACUGGAUCACAGGGGAGACGCGUCCAACCUGUCCUCUUCAGCACAUUUCGCCUAGUUGAUGCACUUAGUUGUUACCUUGUUCUCAUACCAAACAAAAUAUGGACUGUUGUCAUUAAUAGACACUAGAUGAUGGGAAUCAGGGAUUCUGCAAUAUGGUAGUAUCACAGUAUUGUGAUGCCUUAUGUUUUUCUCGUUAGAUUUUUUUAGUGUCCAUACAAACAUUUAUAUAGAUGGGAAAUCUGAAAUUUUGCCGGCAUAUAUAUUUUGCCAGUAUAUUUUAAUGGCACUUGA